UCAUUCAUGAAUGAGUGAUUGCCCUUUGAAAGUAACCCGCCAUCAAAGUUGAGUGUGGUAAGGAAACUUUUUACUGAUUACUUUAUGUGAUAAUUUUAACGAAUGAUUAACAUGCAAAUGCCUCACAUUGAUACAUAUAUUUGGUCUUUUGAUGGGAGUUUGAUAUAUAUCUCAAAAUAACUUAAAAAUGCAGCACAUGAGCAUGCAUGCAGAAAAAAAUUAUUUAUGUGCAAGUUGUGUGAUAUCAAAUUCAGCAGAAUGAGUAACCUUAAGACACACAUGAGAAAACAACACACCCGAGAAAUACAAUUUCAGUGUAACUUUUGUGAUGUUUAUAUAAUAUUCACCAGAAAGAGUUGUCUAUAACAUCAUUUGAGAAAACAUACUGGAGAAAAACUAUAUAAAUGUGAUGUGUCUGAUAGAACAUUCAGUAAAAAAGUCAUCUGAAAGAACACAUGAGAACACAUACUGGAGAAAGACCAUAUAAGUGUGAUGAAUGUAGUAGUACUUUCGGUAAAAAAAGUCAUCUGACAGAACACAUAAGAACACAUACUGGAGAAAAACCAUAUAAGUGUGAUGAAUGUAAUAGUACUUUCGGUAAAAAAAGUCAUCUGAAAGAACACAUGAGAACACAUACUGGAGAAAGACCAUAUAAGUGUGAUGAAUGUAGUAGUGCUUUCCGUAAAAAAAGUCAUCUGACAGAACACAUAAGAACACAUACUGGAGAAAAACCAUAUAAGUGUGAUGAAUGUAGUAGUACUUUCAGUCGAAAAAGUCAUCUGAAAAAACACAUGAGAAUACAUACUGGAGAAAGACCAUAUAAGUGUGAUGAAUGUAGUAGUAUUUUCGGUCAAAAAAGUCAUCUGAAAAAACACAUGAGAAUACAUACUGGAGAAAAACCAUAUAAGUGUGAAGAAUGUAAUAGUACUUUUGGUAAAAAAAGUCAUCUGACAGAACACAUAAGAAAACAUACUGGAGAAAGACCAUAUAAGUGUGAUGAAUGUUAUAGUAGUUUUAGAAAAAAAAAUCAUCUGAAAGAACACAUGAAAAUACAUACUGGUGAAAAACCAUAUAAGUGUGAUGAAUGUAGUAGUACUUUCAGUCGAAAAGGUCAACUGACAGUACAUAUUAGAACACAUACUGGAGAAAAACCAUAUAAGUGUGAUGAAUGUUAUAGUACUUUUAGUCAUAAAUGUAAUCUAAGUACUCAUUUGAGAAUACAUACUGGAGAAAAGCCAUUUCAGUGUUAUGUAUGUGAAUUAGCAUUUAGUGACAAUAAUGGCCUUAGGCAACACCUAAGAAUACAUACUGGUGAAAAACCUUAUAAAUGUGAUGAAUGUGAUAGAAGUUUUAGUCAAACAAGUAGUCUAAGUUAUCAUUUGAGAAUACAUUCUGGAGAAAAGCCAUUUCAGUGUUAUGUGUGUGACUCCGCAUUUAGAAACAAAAGUAGCUUUAGGGUACACCUGAGAAUACAUAGUGGAGAAAACCCUUUUUAUUAUGAUGAUUGUUAUACUACAUUAGGUAAAAAAAGUCGUCUGACAUAACACAUGAGAAAACAUACUGGAGAAAAACUAUAUAAGUGUGAUGAAUGUAAUAGUUCUAUUAGUCUAAAAGGUAGUCUAAGUACUAAUAUGAGAAUACGUACUGGAAGUAACCAUUUCAGAAUAAUAUAUGUGACUCUUCAUUUAGCGACAAAAGUAGCCUUAGGCAACACCUGAGAAAACAUACCAGAGAAAAACCAUAUAAAUGUGAUAUGUGUGAUUGUACAUUCAGCCUUAAGUGUAAUCAAAAGAAACACAUGAGAAAACAUACUGGAGAAAAACCUUAUAAAUGUGAUGAAUAUA